CCUCUCGGGCUUACUAUGCAAAGCCGUAAAGCCAUUGCACCCAGCGGACGGAAGGCUGAACUCACAGGAAUCAAAUGGCGUAGGUACAAUUUUGGAGGACACGGGGACUGUGGACCCAUAAUUUCAGCCCCAGCCCAAGAUGAUCCAAUCCUGUUAAGUUUCAUCCGCUGUCUGCAAGCCAACCUGCUGUGUGUAUGGCGUCGUGAUGUCAAGCCAGAUUGCAAAGAGUUAUGGAUAUUCUGGUGGGGAGAUGAACCCAACCUAGUGGGUGUAAUACAUCACGAACUGCAGGUUGUGGAAGAAGGACUCUGGGAAAAUGGCCUUUCCUAUGAAUGUAGGACGCUGCUCUUCAAAGCGAUCCACAAUCUGUUAGAAAGGUGCCUAAUGGAUAAGAACUUUGUUCGGAUCGGAAAAUGGUUUGUUCGGCCCUAUGAAAAGGAUGAAAAGCCAAUCAACAAAAGUGAGCAUUUGUCCUGUGCUUUCACGUUCUUUCUUCAUGGAGAAAGUAAUGUGUGUACAAGUGUGGAGAUUGCCCAACACCAGCCAAUUUAUUUGAUCAACGAAGAGCAUAUACACAUGGCUCAGUCUUCACCUGCACCAUUUCAAGUACUGGUAAGCCCUUAUGGCUUAAAUGGAACACUAACAGGCCAAGCAUACAAGAUGUCUGACCCAGCCACCCGCAAGUUGAUUGAGGAAUGGCAGUAUUUUUACCCGAUGGUGCUAAAAAAGAAGGAGGAGUUGAAAGAGGAAGAAGAGCUGGGAUAUGAUGACGAUUUCCCUGUGGCAGUUGAAGUAAUUGUUGGUGGUGUUCGGAUGGUCUACCCUUCAGCUUUUGUUUUGAUCUCUCAGAAUGACAUCCCAGUUCCUCAGGGUGUUGCCAGUGCGGGAGGUCAUGUUACAAUUGGGCAGCAGGGGCUUGGUAGCAUGAAAGACCCAAGUAACUGUGGGAUGCCUCUGACUCCACCCACUUCUCCAGAGCAGACCGGUACAGGUGACAGUGGAGGUGUGCAAAGUGCUGCUAGUCACCUAGGUUCCCAAGAUGGGGGGAUGAUAACUAUGCAUAGUCCAAAGAGAUCGGGGAAGAUUCCUCCAAAACUCCACAAUCAUAUGGUCCAUCGAGUCUGGAAGGAAUGCAUCCUCAACAGAACCCAUUCUAAGAGGAGCCAAAUGUCAACUCCAACUCUUGAAGAAGAGCCUGCUAGCAAUCCUGCUACUUGGGAUUUUGUGGAUCCAACCCAAAGAGUCAGCUGUUCUUGUUCCAGGCAUAAACUUUUAAAACGUUGUACAGUAGGAUCCAGUCGACCUCCCACAAUGUCUCAACCAGGAUUCAGUGCAGGACCAUCAUCAUCUUCAUCCUUACCACCUCCUGCUUCUUCUAAGCACAAAACAACAGAAAGACAAGAAAAAGGAGACAAGUUGCAAAAGAGACCCUUGAUACCGUUUCACCAUAGGCCUUCUGUGGCCGAAGAGUUAUGUAUGGAACAAGAUGCGCCUGGACAGAAGCUAGGGCUGGCAGGGAUAGACUCCUCCUUGGAGGUGUCUAGCAGUCGGAAGUAUGAUAAGCAAAUGGCCGUGCCUUCCAGAAAUACAAGCAAGCAAAUGAAUCUGAAUCCUAUGGAUUCACCUCAUUCCCCUAUUUCCCCUCUGCCACCAACACUCAGCCCUCAGCCACGAGGUCAGGAAACAGAGAGUUUGGACCCACCUUCUGUCCCUGUGAAUCCAGCCCUCUAUGGGAAUGGGCUAGAACUUCAGCAGCUGUCCACUCUGGAUGACAGAACUGUGCUCGUAGGCCAAAGACUGCCUCUGAUGGCAGAGGUCAGCGAGACAGCCUUAUAUAGUGGGAUUAGGCCCUCAAACCCAGAGGCAUCAGAUAAAUGGUGGCAUAGUUUUCGUCUCCCGCCCAGCGAAGAUGCUGAGUUCAGGCCUCCAGAGCUCCAGGGAGAGAGAUGUGAUGCCAAAAUGGACUUGAACUCAGAGAGCACUGCACUGCAAAGACUCUUAGCACAACCUAACAAACGGUUUAAAGUCUGGCAAGACAAGCAGCCCCAGAUGCAGCCACUCCACUUCCUCGACCCAUUGCCUCUGUCACAGCAACCUGGAGACAGUUUGGGAGAAGUCAAUGACCCAUAUACCUUUGAGGAUGGUGAUAUAAAAUACAUCUUCACAGCAAAUAAGAAAUGCAAACAAGGGGCAGAGAAGGAGUCCCUGAAAAAGAGCAAGUCAGAGGAUGGAUUUGGUACCAAGGAUGUCACUACACCAGGUCAUUCCACGCCGGUGCCUGAUGGGAAAAAUGCCAUGUCUAUUUUCAGUUCUGCUACUAAAACAGAUGUCCGGCAGGAUAAUGCUGCUGGCAGAGCUGGCUCCAGUAGCCUUACACAGGUGACAGAUUUGGCACCUUCCCUCCAUGACUUAGACAACAUCUUUGAUAAUUCUGAUGAUGAUGAACUUGGGGCUGUAUCCCCUGCACUGCGCUCAUCCAAAACGCCUGCUGUUGGGACUGAAGAUCGACCUCUCGGGAAGGAUGGAAGAGCUGCUGCUCCUUACCCACCAACAGUGGGAGACCUCCUCCGGAUGUUCCCUACCCCUCCAUCUUUGGAACAACAUCCUGCAUUUUCUCCUGUGAUGAAUUAUAAAGAUGGAGUAAGUUCAGAGACAGUGACAGCAUUGGGUAUGAUGGAGAGUCCUAUGGUCAGUAUGGUUUCCACACACCUCACAGAAUUCAAAAUGGAAGUAGAAGAUGGAUUAGGAAGUCCCAAGCCAGAAGAAAUAAAGGACUUUUCAUAUGUGCACAAAGUUCCACCCUUCCAACCUUUUGUGGGAUCCUCCAUGUUUGCUCCACUGAAGAUGUUGCCGAGCCAUUGCCUGCUACCUCUGAAGAUACCUGAUGCCUGUCUGUUUCGGCCUUCAUGGGCAAUUCCUCCUAAAAUUGAACAACUGCCCAUGCCCCCUGCAGCCACUUUCAUUCGAGAUGGCUACAAUAAUGUGCCUAGUGUUGGAAGCCUAGCAGAUCCAGACUAUCUGAACACGCCACAGAUGAACACGCCAGUGACACUGAACAGUGCUGCCCCGGCUAGCAACAGUGGGGCAGGAGUUCUCCCAUCUCCAGCCACCCCUCGCUUCUCUGUCCCCACACCACGAACCCCCAGGACUCCAAGAACUCCUAGAGGUGGGGGCACCGCCAGUGGCCAAGGGUCUGUGAAAUACGACAGCACUGAUCAGGGGUCACCAGCCUCUACCCCCUCUACCACAAGGCCCCUUAACUCUGUGGAACCUGCCACCAUGCAGCCAAUUCCUGAGGCCCACAGUCUCUAUGUCACCUUGAUUCUCUCAGAUUCUGUGAUGAACAUCUUUAAGGACAGGAACUUUGACAGCUGUUGCAUCUGUGCCUGCAACAUGAACAUCAAAGGGGCGGAUGUCGGGCUUUACAUCCCCGAUUCUUCCAAUGAGGACCAAUACCGCUGCACCUGUGGAUUUAGCGCAAUUAUGAAUCGUAAACUUGGCUACAAUUCUGGGCUCUUCCUUGAAGAUGAGUUAGAUAUUUUUGGGAAGAAUUCUGAUAUUGGCCAAGCUGCAGAAAGGCGCUUAAUGAUGUGUCAGUCCACCUUUCUUCCUCAGAUGGAGGGAACCCGAAAAUCCCUAGAGCCACCCAUAAGCCUUCUCCUCCUUCUCCAAAAUCAGCAUACACAACCUUUUGCUUCUCUAAGCUUCCUGGAUUACAUUUCCUCAAACAAUCGUCAGACUCUUCCCUGUGUGAGUUGGAGUUACGACCGGGUGCAAGCGGAUAAUAAUGAUUAUUGGACUGAGUGCUUUAAUGCAUUGGAGCAGGGGCGGCAGUAUGUGGAUAAUCCCACAGGUGGAAAAGUAGACGAGGCUCUGGUGAGAAGUGCCACUGUGCACUGUUGGCCUCACAGCAAUGUGCUGGACACUAGCAUGCUGUCAUCCCAAGAUGUGGUGCGUAUGCUGCUAUCCCUGCAGCCAUUUCUACAAGAUGCUAUCCAGAAGAAACGCACGGGCAGGACCUGGGAGAACAUCCAGCAUGUGCAGGGACCACUCACCUGGCAGCAGUUCCAUAAGAUGGCAGGACGUGGAACUUAUGGUUCAGAAGAAUCCCCUGAGCCAUUGCCCAUCCCCACUCUGCUGGUAGGCUGCGACAAGGACUUUCUGACCAUCUCACCGUUCUCCUUGCCCUUUUGGGAGAGGCUGCUGUUGGACCCAUAUGGGGGCCACCGUGAUGUUGCAUACAUUGUGGUGUGUCCAGAAAAUGAGGCCUUGCUCGAAGGAGCCAAAACUUUCUUCAGGGACUUGAGUGCUGUAUAUGAGAUGUGUAGGCUUGGGCAACACAAGCCCAUCUGCAAAGUGCUCCGUGAUGGGAUCAUGUGUGUUGGGAAGACCGUGGCCCAGAAGCUGACAGAAGAGUUUGUGAGCGAAUGGUUUAACCAGCCUUGGAACAGUGAGGAGAAUGACAAUCAUUCCAGACUCAAACUUUACGCUCAAGUUUGUCGCCAUCACCUAGCACCUUAUUUAGCCACUCUGCAGCUCGAUAGCAGCCUGCUGAUACCACCUAAGUUCCAGAGUCCACCAGCAGCACAGGGACAAGCUACACCUGGGAAUGCUGGGUCUUUAGCUUCAAAUCCAGGAUCAGCAGCUCCCCCAGCAGGCAGUGCAUUCAACCCCACCUCAAGCAGUAGUUCUGCCAACCCUGCAGCAAGUAGUUCCUCAUCUGCUUCCUCUGGGACACCUGCCUCAUCCGCUGCUUCUGCUCCGGGUAUCACUCAGAUGAGUACUACCUCUUCAGGAUUCAGUGGUGGUGUUGGAGGGCAGAACCCCAGUACUGCAGGCAGUUCCACAGAUAGAACUCCAGGAAAUGUGGCCUGUGGUGGAGACACUGAGCCUGGGCAGAGUUCUACCCAGCCUUCACAGGAUGGACAAGACAGUGUUACAGAGAGAGAGAGAAUAGGAAUACCCACGGAGCCUGACUCUGCAGACAGCCAUGCCUACCCUCCAUCUGUGGUCAUUUACAUGGUGGACCCCUUCACCUAUGCUGCAGAGGAAGACUCCACCUCCGGGAACUUCUGGCUGUUGAGCUUGAUGCGCUGCUACACAGAAAUGCUGGAUCAUUUACCUGAGCAUAUGAGAAACUCUUUCAUUCUCCAGAUUGUGCCUUGCCAGUACAUGCUGCAGACAAUGAAGGAUGAGCAAGUUUUCUACAUUCAAUACUUGAAGUCCAUGGCAUUUUCGGUAUACUGCCAAUGCAGGCGGCCUCUGCCUACACAGAUCCACAUUAAAUCUCUCACGGGAUUUGGGCCAGCAGCCAGCAUUGAGAUGACCCUCAAGAACCCAGAGCGGCCCAGCCCAAUCCAGCUUUACUCCCCUCCCUUUGUAUUGGCACCAAUCAAAGACAAGCAGACAGAGCUGGGAGAGACCCUUGGUGAGGCCAACCAGAAGUACAACGUGCUCUUCGUAGGCUACUGUCUGUCUCACGACCAGCGCUGGCUUUUGGCUUCCUGCACUGACCUCCAUGGGGAAUUAUUAGAGACCUGUGUUGUAAAUAUUGCUUUACCAAGCAGAUCACGGAAGAGUAAAGUAUCUGCACGUAAGAUUGGGCUGCAGAAGUUAUGGGAAUGGUGCCUGGGGAUUGUCCAAAUGACAUCUCUGCCCUGGAGAGUUGUAAUCGGUCGAUUGGGGCGUCUUGGCCAUGGGGAGCUUAAAGAUUGGAGCAUCCUCCUUGGAGAAUGUUCACUACAGACAAUCAGCAAACAGCUGAAGGAUGUGUGCCGGGUGUGUGGAAUCUCUGCCGCAGACUCUCCUUCUAUCCUUAGUGCCUGCCUGGUUGCCAUGGAGCCUCAAGGGUCCUUUGUAGUGAUGCCAGAUGCUGUCACAAUGGGCUCUGUUUUUGGCCGAAGUACUGCACUGAACAUGCAGUCGUCUCAGUUGAACACUCCUCAAGAUGCUUCCUGUACCCACAUCUUGGUGUUCCCAACAUCAUCAACCAUCCAAGUGGCUCCAGCCAACUAUCCUAAUGAAGAUGGAUUCAGCCCCAACAAUGAUGAUAUGUUUGUUGACCUUCCGUUCCCAGAUGAUAUGGACAAUGAUAUUGGAAUAUUAAUGACUGGGAACCUCCAUUCCUCUCCCAAUUCCUCCCCAGUCCCUUCCCCGGGCUCUCCUGGAAUCGGUGUGGGCUCCCACUUCCAGCACAGUCGGAGCCAGGGUGAGCGGCUUCUUUCUAGAGAGGCACCGGAGGAACUCAAGCAGCAGCCUCUGGCUCUCGGGUAUUUUGUGUCAACUGCCAAAGCUGAGAAUCUCCCCCAGUGGUUUUGGUCAUCAUGCCCCCAGGCACAGAACCAGUGCCCUCUCUUCCUAAAGGCUUCACUCCAUCACCACAUCUCUGUAGCACAGAUGGACGAACUUCUCCCUGCCAGGAACUCUCAGAGGGUUCCACACCCUCUGGACUCUAAGACGACAUCUGAUGUUUUAAGGUUUGUGUUGGAGCAGUACAAUGCCCUGUCCUGGCUCACGUGCAAUCCGGCCACCCAGGACCGCACUUCCUGCCUUCCUGUCCACUUUGUGGUGCUCACUCAGUUGUAUAAUGCCAUCAUGAAUAUACUCUAAUGGGAAAAGCACUUGUUCUCUCUGGCUCAGUUCCUUCUCCUGUAGCCUCGGCCGAAGAACCUGCUCCACUCUGCAAAUGCCCAAUCUUUUCUCCAGACCACUCUCCACAGUCCUGCACUGUGACAGCUUCUGAGGAGGCACAUGCCCAUUCUGCAGUGUUCAUUACCACAGUGACUCCUUGACACUUCUCAUGAGGACCUGGAAACUUCCAUAAGCAGUGACUUUGAGCCAGUUUAUGAUAUAUGCAGUCCCCAGGAAGUGGUGGCUGUUGGUGGCUUAAGAGAGAAACAGAAAAGACGUGUCCUUUUGCACAAGAGUCUGUUCUCAGCCUCUGUUUAAAAAUGAGGGCAGCCCCGCCCUUUGGAUGUAAUCCUCUAGCUAAUGGUGGAUGGCCUGUGGGUUACCUGAACUCCAAAACCUGGGACGUUUUGUAACUUAGAGCCAGCUCAAGUAUACAAUUUAGUACUGGGGUUUCCACCUCCCCGGUGCUCCUAACCAGACUGGCAGGAGUGCUUUGUUUGACUUCAUACCUGUGUAGAUACAAAAGAUCUGGAGACAGCUUCAUUUUGUUUAUUUAUUUUUAGUUUCGUCAUCAGGUUUUUGUGACUUUUUUAAUUCUCGAGGACCAGGUACAGUAGCUGAAACCCAGCUCCAAUCCACCAUAGGAUUCUCUGACUACAUACCUCUGUCCUAGAAGCUGGAAAUGGAGUAAAAACAAACUGUGGAGAUCAUGCCUGAGAAGUAAUAUAUUCAAAACCACCCAGCAGUAGGUUUUGUUAAACACAAAUUGGGCUUUAUACUGAAGGCAGUCAGGCUCAUCCCAGAGUGUAGAGGCAGGGACCUUUAUCAGUUCUAUACAGUCACAUGGAAAUACCUUUUCUAGAGAAUUCUUACUGAAAGCCAGGUCUCUCAUUAGAUCAGGAGGGAUUCAUGUACAUAUCACAACCAAAAGUGUUUGCUCAUAAAAUCAGUUAUAAAUAUGGUGAAUUUUUUCUGGACCAUAGGAAUAUUAUUUCAAAGAAAUAUUACAAUUUAACCAUUAAAUUAGUACUUGAAGUUGAGCCUUUGUGGUGGGACUUUUUUUAAAAAAAAAAAAAAUGCCUUUUUAAAGCAU